AUGAAUAAGACCGUCCCACAGUCCCCAGUGAGUCCUCAGCCACCGAGUCGGGCAUCGUCGGAGAGUGAAACUCAAAGUGUUACGGAUGAACAACCCACCACAAUGUCGUCCUUCGCGAUGAGGUUGGCUAAGGCUGCGAAAAAGAAGGAUGUGAAGGAACCCGACGCCAAUAGUCGACCACCAUGGCGUGCCACAGCAAAACCCAAAAAGGAACCCAAUACUAAUGCUCUACUCAAGGCUAAGCUUCUCGAUGCAUCCCGUAGGGCAGUGAGGGCCAUGAAAAAUAACUCCGUAUCGUGUCAGACGGAUUUUCAGCCCACAAUUGUGAUGAAGGAGGUGGGAUUUAACGUGCAAACGGAUUUAAUUGGGCAGAGGGAUGUGGGAAUUCUCACUGAUGGCAGCAUAACAGUGAGGAACAUUCCACCAGGAACGUUCUUCUUCACACACUCCGUAUCGCAAAUGACGGAGAUUAUGAACAGCACGGAUUCGGGAACUCAAACAGCCUUCCCAACAAGUAGAAUAGGAUCACUGCUGAAGUUCUCAUCAUCAGAUACAUUUGAGAAUCUCGAGAAAGCUCUUGAAGUUAAUGCUGAAAAGAUUAAAGCUCAAGCAGAAGAUCUGAGAGAUUGCGACGGAGAGCUGGAUUUCAUCAAUCGAAGCUACCUACGGCGGAGGCCUAGCAUGUCAUUGGAUCCGGAAGCUAUUGAAAGGUUCCAGCUACUCCUGGACAGUGCUGCUGAGAAGGAUGAUGAUGAUGAUGAAGAAGACGAAGAUGAAGAUGAGUAUCGUCGUCCAGGUGUGAGGGUACAGCAGUUCAAUCUCCAGAAUAGCUCAACACACUCCCAUUGGGAUAAUCUUGGGGAGUCUUCGGAUGAGGAAGAGUACGAGAGUACUGGAGACUACGUUCGUGAUCAAAGAAGAAAAUCAAUUGAACGUGAAAAUAAUCUCUUUAUUCGGACACGAUUGCGUAAUAUGACUUUGGCGCCCGUGGUGUCGCAUCACAGAAAUAAAAGACCAUCCCUGGGCUGGAGUGGUUGGGAUGCAUCCCAGAAUCGUGUAAUUGAGGAAUUCCUGACCCAAGUUUCCGAUCUCUUUGACAUUUUUGACGAAAUCUCCAUUCUCCUUGGGCCUGAUUUGCGAUUCAUCAGAGAAAUUCCAGCCACGGUGGAUAUGGAGGUGCCGCCACUCAAGUGUAGUCUCGUGAUUAAGAAAUCACGUGAAAAUCUCAGCGAGAAGUUAGAUAAGAUUAAGAAACUACCGCUAGAUUGCGACAGAAGUCUCAGUAGGGAAUUACUGAGGUAUGCUCAGUGA